GCGCGCGAGCUCCUCCCCUGUACCCCUACCUCUCCACCCCCUCCUCGUGCCGUCCACGCACCACCGGCGCGCCGCGCUGCCAUGGCCAUGAGGCCACGCGCCGCGCUCGCCCUCUCCCUGGCAGCCGGCGUCCCGCUGGUCCUCCUCCUCCUCCUCCUCGCGCCCGGCGCGCGCGCCGACGACGGCAGCGGCGGGUGCGGGGCGGCGGGCGGCGGCGAGGCGGCGCCGGGCGACCGCGCGCGGGCCAGGGCGCUGAAGAUCGCGGCCUUCUUCUCCAUCCUCGUGUGCGGGGCGCUGGGCUGCUGCCUGCCCGUGCUGGGGCGGCGCGUGCCGGCGCUGCGCCCCGACAGGGACGUGUUCUUCCUCAUCAAGGCGUUCGCGGCGGGGGUCAUCCUGGCCACGGGGUUCAUCCACAUCCUCCCCGACGCGUUCGAGAAGCUCACGUCCGAUUGCCUCUCCGGCGGGCCGUGGCAGGACUUCCCCUUCGCGGGGCUCGGCGCCAUGGUCGGCGCCAUCGGCACGCUCGUCGUCGACACCGUCGCCACGGGCUACUUCACGCGCGUCCACUUCAAGGACAGCGCCGCCGCCGCCGUGGGCGCCGCCGCCGUCGGCGACGAGGAGAAGCAGCAGCAGCAGGCGGCGUCGGCGCCGCACGUCGACGACGGAGCAGACGGCGACGGCCACGGCCACGGCGGGCACGUGCACAUGCACACGCACGCGACGCACGGGCACUCGCACGGCGCCUCGGCGCUCGUGGCCGCCGUCGGCGGCGCCGAGGGCGACAAGGAGCACGCGCUGCGCCACCGUGUCAUCGCUCAGGUUCUUGAGCUUGGGAUUGUGGUGCACUCGGUGAUCAUCGGCAUCUCCCUCGGCGCGUCUCAAGACCCCAGCACCAUCAAGCCUCUUGUGGUCGCCCUCAGCUUCCACCAAAUGUUCGAGGGCAUGGGUCUAGGCGGCUGCAUCGUUCAGGCCAAGUUCAAGCUGCGGUCGAUCGUGACGAUGGUGCUCUUCUUCUGCCUGACUACGCCGGUGGGCAUCGUGGUGGGCGUCGGGAUCUCGUCGGUGUACGACGAGGACAGCCCCACGGCGCUGGUCGUGGAGGGCGUGCUCAACUCGGUGGCGGCGGGGAUCCUGGUGUACAUGGCGCUGGUGGACCUGCUCGCCGAGGACUUCAUGAACCCCAGGGUACAGAGCCGGGGCAAGCUGCAGCUCGGCAUCAACGCCUCCAUGCUCGUCGGCGCCGGCCUCAUGUCCAUGCUGGCCAAGUGGGCCUAGUUUACUAGCCACUUUUUUGCUCUGUGCCCUCUCGAUUCCAGUUUUUUUAGUUGAGUUGCUGUAAAAAUACUACUGUUAUGGAGAAACGAACGAAUACAACAACUCUUUUUUCUGAAA